AUGGCAGAGAAUUACACAUCACAGGAUGUUCUCAACAAGCUGGGGCUUGGGAGUAGUGAGGAAAAUACAGCAGAAUUUACUAAUUCUGGUAUUGUUCCAAAUUCUAUUGCUAGUGCUGACAUCAAGAAAACUCUAACUAUAAUGGGGAUCACACCAGAAGACUUUAUAAGAGACUACUCAUCUAUGGAGUUUGAUUUUAAUGCCCUUAGAGGUACAUUUAGUGAGUUCUGCAAAGACUUUGAUGAUGAUUUACAAGAUGGUGUGGCUAGCAAGGCUUUAGAGUUCUGCUCUAAAGUAUUGUUUGAAUAUGGACCAUACAUAAGAUCUGAGAGGAAGUCUAAAGGUGAUAAGGCUAUUAGAUUCAAGUUCCCUUACAAGAAGACAUCUGGAGUUCCAAGCUCAAGCACUUCAGCUGAUAGGUUAGUUAUUAAAGUAGUCAUAGUGACUACAUUCAAGGAUAUUAAGUAUACUACAAAUCAACUUGACAAUAAAAUGGUACUAACCUUUAGACAAGCUGCAUUAUUAUCAAUGGUUACGUUUUCUAAAGCUAUAGAAUUUUGUUAUAAUAAAGCUGAAGGUUCUAAGCUAAUGUCUCCAUUGUGUGGUGCAAUAUUUUCAAGAGACUGUAUUACUGCUCUUAGUAAGGAAUUAAACACUGAUGAGAUAAGCACAUUAAGAAUAUUGAAUGAGAGUUCAACAUCUGGUGGUCAAUAUUUAGAACACUCAGACAUUUCAUGUGCUAUAGUAUGUAUGAUAACUUCUACAAAGAAAGUCUCAGAUGCAAAUAUUAGGGAUCUUAUGAUUAGUAAGACAGUCAAACAGUAUAUCCACAAAGGCAAACAGUAUAAUGCUGGUAAGUUCAGGAUAUUUGCUAAGUAUGCAUUAGGUGGUGUGCCCUCAGGAUUGGACUCUAACACACUAAUAACUGCAUAUAAAGAUAUACAGAUGCAGCAAGUGUCAGCUAGAGUUCAAGCAAUGGCUAUAAAACAAUCGUCUCAAACUGUGGCACCUAGAGAAGAGCCUAAAUAUAUAAUACAUAAUAACACAGUACAACCCGAUGUUCUCAACAAGCUGGGGCUUGGGAGUAGUGAGGAAAAUACAGCAGAAUUUACUAAUUCUGGUAUUGUUCCAAAUUCUAUUGCUAGUGCUGACAUCAAGAAAACUCUAACUAUAAUGGGGAUCACACCAGAAGACUUUAUAAGAGACUACUCAUCUAUGGAGUUUGAUUUUAAUGCCCUUAGAGGUACAUUUAGUGAGUUCUGCAAAGACUUUGAUGAUGAUUUACAAGAUGGUGUGGCUAGCAAGGCUUUAGAGUUCUGCUCUAAAGUAUUGUUUGAAUAUGGACCAUACAUAAGAUCUGAGAGGAAGUCUAAAGGUGAUAAGGCUAUUAGAUUCAAGUUCCCUUACAAGAAGACAUCUGGAGUUCCAAGCUCAAGCACUUCAGCUGAUAGGUUAGUUAUUAAAGUAGUCAUAGUGACUACAUUCAAGGAUAUUAAGUAUACUACAAAUCAACUUGACAAUAAAAUGGUACUAACCUUUAGACAAGCUGCAUUAUUAUCAAUGGUUACGUUUUCUAAAGCUAUAGAAUUUUGUUAUAAUAAAGCUGAAGGUUCUAAGCUAAUGUCUCCAUUGUGUGGUGCAAUAUUUUCAAGAGACUGUAUUACUGCUCUUAGUAAGGAAUUAAACACUGAUGAGAUAAGCACAUUAAGAAUAUUGAAUGAGAGUUCAACAUCUGGUGGUCAAUAUUUAGAACACUCAGACAUUUCAUGUGCUAUAGUAUGUAUGAUAACUUCUACAAAGAAAGUCUCAGAUGCAAAUAUUAGGGAUCUUAUGAUUAGUAAGACAGUCAAACAGUAUAUCCACAAAGGCAAACAGUAUAAUGCUGGUGAAGGAGUUUCUUACCAAAAUAACAGUUUUCAAGAAAGUGGAAAUUUUUUCCGACGAAGAAGCCUUGGAAAAGCUAUCCUUGGUACUCACAGAAAAGGCUGCUACUUGGUGGAUAGUAUAAAACCGAGAGUAAAAAAAUGGAAUGCGGCAAUAGAAGCGAUCCGGUCGGCUUUCGCGCCACAAAAACGCCCGCAUGAUAUUUAUUUGGAAAUAUUUGCGAAAAAACAAACAAGUGAACCUAUUGAUGAAUUUGUUUGUGAAAAAAGAGCUUUGUUGGCGCAGGUACCUACAAAGCGUCACAAAGAGGACGAACAAUUAGAUAUGAUCUAUGGGCUCUUGAAAAUACAGUACAAAAAGGACAUAGCCCGAGAAGACUUAAAAACAUUCGACGAACUUUUGCAACGCGGCCGUCACAUAGAAAAUCUUUUAGAAAAAGCUGCAGACGGUGGUAUUGAAGAAAGAAAAGCGUUAAGAUGUACAUUUUGUGGCAAGAGGGAACACGCAGUUGAAGUUCGUCGCAAAAGGCUUGCCGAAAUAAAAAAGGAAGCUAUGGCAACCGACAACGUAACAUCUAAAGAUCAAAUUAAAUGUUACGGUUGUGGUGCACCUGGAGUGUAUAGAAGCAGGUGUGGGACGUGUAAAAAUAAAGAGUCGCCGCCGAAACCUGUUGCAUUUUAUACCAUGGAGACAACCAUAAAAAACCAAUCUAAAAUACCGACUAUAGAAAUAGUUGUCAACGGCGAAAAUGGAUACGCUCAUAUCGACACAGCUGCCAGAACUAGCAUUGCAGCUAUACAAAUCGCUGGUACGAAAAGGAACACAAUUUGCGGAAUGCACAGCAGAAAUAAUUGCCGAUUUCGUUUACCGUAUUGCCCGAGGCGAAAGAUAACAGGACCCUUCUAG